AUGCCGCUGGGACGGAACACGCCGCCGAGGAUCGCCUCGCGAGGGAGCGGACAAGGCUUCGGGAAGCGCAAGCGCGUCGCGAAGGUCGCGUUCACGCCCGAGCCGGCGCCGAGGAAGCGCGCGGCCGCCGACGCGAAGAAGAAGGCGGCAUCGUCCUCGAACGACGUCGCCUCGGACGCGAACACGACGCGCGGGGGAGGAGGCGGUCGACGACGCGCGAGGAAGAACGGCAAGCGCGCGAACGUCGAUGACGUCAGCGAGUACAAGCGCACGCGAGGAAAGAUCCACUCGCAGCUGUCCGCGAUCCGCCAGCUCAACGCGAUGAUCGACGCGUACGACAUGGACGGCUGGCGCGGCGCGUCGCGCGAGAAGCUGCGACCGGCGGAGGAGAUUCGAAAGGCGAAGAUCAAAAUCUUCAACGCGAAGCUCCGCGUGCGCGAGUUAUUCAAACACAUCGACCUCGCCAUGGACGGCGCGAGAGAUCUUCACGCGAUCACCGACGAGGACGGCGAGCUCGACGCGGAGGACGUCUUCUGCUGCGCGUGCGGCGACGGCGAGAGCACGGACGACAACGACAUCUUACUCUGCGACGGGUUCUGCGACCGCGGGUUUCAUCAACGGUGCUGCGUCCCUCCGGUACGAACGGAGGACAUCCCGGAGGGCGACGAGGGGUGGCUGUGCGCGCUGUGCGACGCGCGCGUGGACUGUUUCUACACUCUCAACGCGGACUUCGAGCUCGAGCUGGACGCGGGGAAGGCGACGUUUGCGGACGUGUUCCCGGAGGAGGCGGAGGCGGAUGUAAAGAAGGAGGGGCCCGGGCAGGAGAACGAAACCCUGGCCGCGAAGAAGGGCGACGGCGGCGUUGUGAGCGGCGGGAUCAUGGAGCAGGAGUGGCCGUCGGACGAGGAGGACGACGAGGACUUCGGCGCCGACGCCGCGAGCGACGACGGCGAGGACGAUGAGGACGAGCCUCUGAGCGGGAGCGGGCGGUCGGAGAGCGACGACUCGGACGACGACUCGGACGACGACUCGGACGACGACUCGGGCGGCGACUCGGCGAGGCGGCGACUCGAGCGCGCGUUGCGGGACGAGCCCGAGGUGGUGGUGGGGAAGCGGCGGCGCGCGAAGGUGGACUACCGCAAGCUGAACGACGAGAUGUUCGGCGACGGGGAAGCGUUCGAGGGCGAGUUCGACGACGAGAGGAGAGGGGGGUGGGGGCCGGCGUCCCCGAAGUCGGGGAUGGUCACUACGGGCGAGGGGAAGAGACCGAAGAAGGCGCCGCGCGCGAAGACGCCGUCGUCGGCGUCGAAGAAGCGGCGGCGGUCGUCCACGUCGGCGGCGCCGACCUCGCCGAGGUCGCCAAAGUCGCGGCGGCUGAGCAACACCCCCGCGGGCAAACAGUCUACUAAAACUUCGCGGUUCGGCGACGAGACGCGCGCCAGCCUCGAGAGGACGUUUUCGAGCGGGAAGACCAACCCCGGCGCGGACGACUGCGACGCGAUCGGCGAACGGGUAGGGUUGACGUCGCACCAGGUGAAGAUAUGGUUCAUGAACCGUCGGCGCGCGUCGAAGAAGCGCGCGUCGACGGGCGGCGGCGACGAGUGA